AUGUCGGCCGCCGAUCUCGUCUACCCGCCGCCCAAUCUGCCUCCAGCAUCCGCCCUGCGCCUCUCCCAGUCCGCGCCGCGCAUUCUCUCAACAUCGACGACUUCGUCCCUGCCAUGGCCGCUGUCCCUGCUCACAUCAAGAGAGACGCAGGAGACAUGGGCUUCCCAUGAGAACCUUUUGCUGUCUUGUCUGCGCACUGGAGACGACAAGUCCGCCCGCCAAUGCCUCGACCGGCUGACCGCUCGCUUCGGCCAAGAUAACCAGCGCGUCGUCGCCCUGCGCUUCCUGUACGAAAGCGCCGUUGCCGACGACAAGGACUUGCGCCGCGUCCUGGAGGAUCUGGAGCGUGUACUGAAGGAGGACCCUACGAGCCUGCCACUUCGCAAGCGCAAGGUUGCCCUCCUCCGCUCCAUGGGUCGCACUGCUGAGGCCAUCACUGCGCUCGUCGACCUCGUCGACUUCUCGCCCACGGACGCCGAGUCCUGGGCAGAACUUUCCGACCUCUACCUCAGCCAAAGCAUGUACUCACAAGCCAUCUUCAGCCUCGAAGAGGUCCUCGUCAUCACGCCCUUCGCAUGGAACGUGCAUGCGCGAAUGGGCGAGCUGCUUUACAUCUCAGCCACAGCCGCCAACGCUGUUGACGGCAACGUGCUUAGGAAUCUGAGUGAGGGCAUGAGGCGGUUUUGCCGCAGCAUAGAGCUCUGUGACAACUACCUGCGCGGUUACUACGGUCUCAAGCUCACUACUAAGAAGCUCCUCGAGCUUCUACCCAAGGCCUCCAACAAACAAGCCGUUAGUGACACUGCCGGCGACAUUGCACCCCCGUCUGUCGCGACUGUCGAAAAGCUGCGCGAGCUGGCAACGGCCAAGCUUGCCGAGAUCGUGCGGCGCAGCGGUUCGGGCGAGGCUGGCUGGGACUACGACCAGUCUGAGUUGAUCGCCGCGCGGGAGCUUCUUGACCGAGACACGCAAGCAGUGCCGAAGUGA